AAGGUGCCGUAGACGUGAUGAAACGGAUCCCCGGUCUAACGGACAGUGGUGCGGGCGAGGCUCUGUGGUCCUAUCGUACGCAGGCACGGAUCUACGCUGCGUUUCAAUCGGCGAUGUUGGUGCGUUUGUGUAUUUUUAUCUGCAAACUGCACACUUAAGUUCAAUAAACACAACUAUUCUCCUUUUAAUGGGUUGCCAAAAAAAGCAGACGUUCUUUUUUUUUUGCUUUAUUAGCAAUAAUACACAAUAUAAUAACUGCACCCAGCAGCUUUGAGUUGGCUGAAUUUAAGGCAGGCCUUCGCUUUUUUUAAUCGUUACAAUAUAGGUCAGUCUUACUUUUCAGUCUCGUUUGCACCACUAUCCAGUCACGUAUAGGCAUGGAAGUAAACAGUGUAACGUUUAAUCUGUCGAGGUAUUGGGACAAUAGCUUUCAACAUGAAAGACCUCAAACUAAACGAACGCCAUAGGAUGUGUGAAAAAACCCCUAACAAACACAACCCUUUCUUACUACUGAGCUCUUUGUAGCACAACCUGUGAUGUACAUUUUAUAUUGUCCCCUUCACCAAGCUGCGAUUUUUAGUAGGCAAACACAGAUGAUGCUUCAGUUUAUAAAUGCUGCAAGCUCAGCUACGAGUAUUACCGACUUGGCAAUCAUGGUCUCUGGGCUGUGUGGAUUUUUCCUGUUUUCCUUGUAUUUAUUCUUACCCAUAUGUGGAGAUGUUUUACCAGUUCAGAAGCGAGAUUGGAUUGACAGCCCACCUGAAAGCACCAUGGAAGGCGAUGUGGGGUGCUUCUCUGAAUACAUGGAACUGUGGAUCCACAGAAUGAGAAUUGAGGGCUUGAGGCUCUGGCUUUCAGCAAUGCUGAGGAUUCAAGUUGCCCUUGCGUCUCUAGAUAGCUUAAACCAUCAGCUGUCUGCAUGUGGGUUUGGCCUGCAUAAGGAUCCUGACCGGAACUACAUCUUCCGAGUCAUGUAUAGUGGAUGCUUUGUGCAGUUGGAGCAUGGCCAUUAUGUGAUGCCGCUGAACUUGCUGAAGAGAAUAAGCCGUUUUGGGGGCAGGAUGCGCAGUUACGUAAUGAAGUGUCCUGUAUUGGCAGCACCACUCAGCAGUGAACACAUUCAGUGUGACCCCGACUUCAUUCAGGUUACCAGACUGAUACCAGUGGACAGCUGGAACAAUGAGCUCAGCUGGUCUCUUGCUUUGGGAGGCAGUCUGGUGGUGGCGUUAGAAGAUGCCAGUCUCAUUCAAGUAUACGUCGACAUUCAUAAACCAUACAUUACUGUUCAAGGCAGAAGGAACACGAUCCUUAGCCCUGUGCAGGUUCUUCAGACUGAGGGGCAAUUCUUACCUCUCAAGCUGGUCAGUGGAAAUUAUGCUUAUAGCAUGGAGGCUACCUGUCCAACAGUAACUAUGUAUUCAUCCGAGAACACAGUACUGCACAUCUACAAACGUCGCAUGGGUUUGACCAAGCGGGGAGGAUAUGACAGUGAGACUCUGUCUGUCAGUAGUGUGUCUGUAAACCAGACGAGCGCCUUCACCUGGUCUGAGAACAGUGGCUUUGUGAAACUCAUCAUUCCAACUGCCCUUAUUCAAAAGAUGAAGAAAUGCACUGAAAAAGAGGGUCGUGACCUGCAGCAGGCUUUCCUCAGAAUUGACGUUGUGCUCACUUUUAAAGAGACAAACAACAAAAUGGUCUGGACUAUGGAGAACAUGUCGCCCUGUUUAGAGGAACGCAUGACUUCAGUUACCGCACCCCCAUAUGCUGAGGGCACGGGUCGCCCGCUGCUCUCCGCUGAGGCUUCUGGCAAGAACCCUCAGCUGUUAUCUCAGACAACAGAAGGAUUUAGCAAGACAUUUAAACUCGCGCAAGUGUUUCCACCUACUGAGGGGCUCAGAGUGGCAUCGGUGUCUCCAUGGAGCACCAGUUCACUGGAAACUGACACCCUUCGAGCGCUAAACAGUAUCAACUCCUUGUUAGCAAACGGGGGAAAGUCAAAUGUGCAGGCUGCAGAAGUGAUGAGUACACGUUCCUGGGAGUGGACAGCCUCCAGACCAGGAGGUCUCUCCCGCUUUGUUCCAACUACGCCCUCAUACGUUACCCACGAAGCAAACCUGGAUUCAGACGACGCAUCAUCGCUUGGUUUACAUGGUUCUUCGCUGAGCACUGGAGAAACCUCGUCAGCCAUAACAACUGAACCAUCUAAUUUGACCGCAGAUAUCAGCACAGCCACAGAUGGGAGCAUUAGCAAAGCUGCACGUUCCGGUGUGGCUCCUCCUCACCACGGUGAAGUCAAUACCAUGGUCAAGUGGACCCCUGUGACGUCACCAUUGCCUUUAGAGAGCACCAGUUUAUCACUGUUGGAUCUGAAGGAGGUUAUAAUUCCGAAGACUGUCUCUGAUGUUCCUUUAAACACUCGUUCUGCCUCCCAGAAGCUCCUCCAACUCCAUCGAGGACACACUCAACUCUCCCUGACUCCUCCUUCACCUGAUAUUGUGAUGCACUCAACAGGGACUAAUCAGACAGAACCAAUUCACACACCAGAUGAGCAAGUUGCAGGCAAGUAUGCCCCCCCCCGAUGACUGUAAUGCCAGUGUACACAUAGCUGCUAAGAGGCUUGGUGAGAGAACUGGUGCUGAACAAACUACCCCAGCUAUGGGUCACCAGGUCCACAUGCUUCUACUGAACUAGACAAGAGCUAUCUCCCCCCCCAAAUUAAAACCAGCCUAAUAAAGGGAACUUGCAAAUCCAAA